GAAAAUUAAGUCGUGUCAUCCACUUAACUUCUUAACAUCUGUUCCUACCUCUUGCGCAGCUCCCACCGUACAGGUCUGAAGGACAUUUCUUGCUCUGGAUCGGGGGCCGUAUUUUCCCCCCUUCCUCAAACUAAGAAGAGCUGGCCUUCAUUUUGGUGAAAUGAAGCAAGUAUGGCACCUCCACCCAUCUUUAUUUCUCAAUUUGAUGCAUAUUUGCUUGGCGCAAGCAAAUUAUGCUCCUUACUUCUUUGACAAUGGACCCAGCAGCACCAAUGGGAACAUGGCCCUUCUCAGCCUUUCAGAAGACACCGAAGUCGGUACUCAUGUAUAUACUCUAAAUGGAACUGAUCCAGAAGGUGAUCCUGUAACAUAUGGCAUGGCGUUUGAAGCUGGGUCAAGAAAUUACUUUGCCAUCAAUGCAAAUUAUGGAAAUGUUACGCUCAUCGAGGAGCUGGACCGAGAGAGAGAAGAUGAGAUUGAAGUUGUUGUCAGCAUUUCAGAUGGCUUAAGUACAGUGGCUGAAAAGGUCCGAAUACUAGUGACGGAUGCUAAUGAUGAGAGCCCAGAAUUUAUCAACACACCAUAUAUAGUCCAAGUUCCAGAGGACACUCCUUCAGGAAGCAGCAUAUUCAAGAUUGAAGCAGUAGAUAAAGACACAGGUUCAGGAGGAAGCAUUACCUACUUCUUACAGAACAUCCGUACAAAUAAGUUUACUAUAGAUCGUCACAGUGGUGUCCUUCGUAUCAAAUCAGGGGUCACUCUUGACUAUGAAAAAUCAAGAACUUAUUUCGUUACUGUGGUGGCAAAGGAUGGUGGAGGUAAGCUCCGUGGUCACAACAAGGUGUUUUCAGCCACAACCACAGUCACUAUCAAUGUGGAAGAUGUGCAGGAUACACCACCAAUGUUCAUUGGCACUCCCUAUUAUGGAUAUGUCUAUGAAGACACUCUGGCGGGUUCUGAGGUAAUAACAGUGGUUGCUAUUGAUGGUGAUCGAGGAAAACCUAAUGAUAUUCAUUACCAUAUUAUCAACGGAAGUGAAAGUUCAUUUGAAAUAAAUAAUACAACUGGUGCCAUUUCUGUUGUUAAACCUCCAAAUCAGCUGAAGAAAGAAGUAUAUGAACUAAAAAUUGAGGCCUCAGAAAUCAGCCCUGAAAAUGAAGAACCGACAUAUGCCUUCGCCGUAGUAACCAUAAGAAUUGUUGACCUCAACAAUCACCCACCAACAUUCUACGGAGAAAAUGGGAUACAGAAUAGAUUUGAACUCACAAUGUAUGAGCAUCCACCAGAGGGUGAGAUCCUGAGAGGUCUCAAAAUUACAGUAAAUGACUCUGAUCAGGGAGCAAAUGCUAAAUUCAAUCUCCGUCUUGUUGGGCCUGGUGGUAUUUUCCGAGUUGUCCCUCAAACGGUCCUUAAUGAAGCACAAGUCACAAUAAUAGUAGAAGACUCUGGUGCCAUAGAUUAUGAAAAGUUCCAGGUUUUCACCUUCAAGCUUCUUGCAAUAGAAGUCAACACACCUGAGAAGUUUAGUUCCACAGCUGAUAUUGUGAUCCGUCUUUUGGAUACUAAUGAUAAUGUCCCCAAAUUUUCCUCUGAUUACUACAUUGCUAGAAUUCCAGAGAAUUCUCCUGGUGGCUCCAAUGUAGUGGCUGUAACAGCUACAGACCCGGAUUCAGGACUUUGGGGUGAAACAAAAUACUCUAUAUACGGAACAGGAGCAGAUCUAUUCCUGAUCCAUCCAUCCACUGGAAUUAUCUACACCCAGCCAUGGGCUACAUUAGAUGCAGAAGUCAUUUCCAAAUAUAACUUUUAUGUGAAGGCAGAAGAUACUGAAGGGAAGUACAGCUUAGCAGAAGUCUUUAUUACUGUGCUUGAUGUCAAUGACCACUCCCCAGAGUUCAAUGAGAACAUCCAGGAAAAAACGAUGAUUAUUGGAUCGCCAGUGAAAGUAGAGGCAAUAGACCAAGAUGCAGAAGAACCCAAUAACAUAGUCGAUUAUUCCAUUAUGCAAGCAGAUCCAGCCAAUGUGUUUGAUAUAGACCAAAACACUGGGGAAAUAAAGCUGAAAUCCUACAUAAGAUCCUUGGACAUCAUUCAUAACAUCACCAAUAACAAAGAUUGCAUAUGGUCAGUGGUAGUUCAAGCCAAAGAUCGCGGCUCUCCUUCAUUUAGCACCACAGCUGUCCUGAAGAUUGAUAUCACAGAAGAGACUCUCCACAAAGGGCCUAUGGCCGCCUUUUUGAUGCAAACAAAAGAUAACCCCAUGAAAGCCUUAGGAGUGCUAGCUGGUGUCAUGGGGGUGAUGGUGGUGAUCACCAUCUUGAUCUCCACUGCCAUGUUCUGGCGCAAUAAAAGGUCCAACAAAGUCAUGCCUGUGCGACGGAUCAUUAAAAAGAGGCAGAACUAUCAACCCAGGACAAUCAGGAUGGAGUGGCUGAAAUUCAAGAGGUCCAGCAGUGCUGCAGAAAAGUUUACAGUACAAGAGGAUGCCAAGAGCCUGCACAAUGAGAACAGCAAUAACAACUUCCAGGUGCCACCACCUCCACCACCACCGACUGCUCCGGCCCUGCCUCCAGCCUCGGCUUUCAAGACUCAUGCCUCUGAAUGGAGAGUGCCCACAGUAUCAGGAUCAUUGAGCCCUGACAAGGUUGUAAGCAAGCUGAAGAAGAAAGGGGGCACCACUUGCAUGUCACACAACGCCCUGGUGUCAGAACUCAAGCAGAAGUUUGAAUUGAGAAAUGCAGUAUCUGAUCAACUCCAGGUUUAAUGCAUAUUCCUGCUCCAAACGCUGCAUGUCAAGUAUGUGGGUGUAUCUCCAGGGACAUGAUGUGGUCUGUUCUUUUGUAUUUUGUACCAAUGUCUCAUCAUCUCACAAGCUACACAUGCUCUCUAUUUCAUACCAGUAUUUCACAGUCAUUUGCUUGUACUGCAUGACAAGACAUAUCCUAUUUCACUAAGGAAUUGUUUCAUCUAUAGCGCUGUGACAAUGCAUGAUGUAAAUUUGUUAACUUCUAUCCAUAUUAUUGGUACAAGGUCAGUUGUCUGUGAUAUGCCAAGAUGAUUUUGUUCUGAUUUUGAGCAACAUUUGUUUUAAGAAAUUUCAGUUCUUAAAAAUCCAAUCUGAAAUAUUUUAAAACUUUGACUUUUCUGCCACAAAACUCCAGAUAUAACAAAGAAGUAUCAAAAAGACUAUGGCUGUCCUAUCUUCUAGCAGUCUCAAUAUGUGGACCAUUGAAAUUUGUUCGGUCCUGGAUCUACUUCAGAAAUUGAACUGCCCCAGCUAGCAUAUGGGGAUCUAGCCUCAAAUGUAGCCCAGGGAGAGAGAAAUUGAUACCAUGUAGACUUUUAAGCAAAUUGAUUGAUAUGACCCAAGUGAAACAUGACUGCUGUAAUUUGGGCGGAUCUUGGAUGUUUGGAUGCAGUAUAAAGUAAUGUUGAGGACAGGAGCAAAAAGACAAGAAAAGCUAAAAAGAGCUGGAAGGUAUGCCUUCAUUUCAAAGGGACGUUUAAGUAAGCACAUUUAGGAUUACAGUAGAUGAUUGUGUCUUUUUCAACAACUUGUGAAACAACAUGUCCAACAUUUUAAGCUUCUCCCAAUGUGAGCAUGCUGGCUUGGCCAGCAAUCUUUCCUUCUACAGAGAUUUGGUUGAGCUGAAACAUGCUUACAAGAAUGUUAUUAAAGGAAAUGAGUUAGAAGGAAAAUAUAGGGA